GCUUACCCUUCGCCGCUUCUCUUUUCCCCGCAGGAGGCUUCUGUGGGCGGCAAGCAGCGCGCUGGAAGAGCCGAGAAGCGGCAUCGGUUAACGAGUUCCGGCGGUUCUUCCCGGGAGCCUUCCUCCGCUCGCCGCCAUGGGGCUGUCUUUGGGGCAGCAGGCGCUGCUCUCCGUCGUGUUGGUGCUUUGCGUGUUUGUGGUGAUGCCCAGGAUGUUUGCGGGAGGCGGCGGCGGCGGCAAGACCCCGCGCGCUGUUAAGGGCUCCCCCGGCCGCCCCGAUCCUUAUCAGCAGCGCCCCGGUGAAUCAGAGAGAAUUCUCCAGUCCCACAUGAAUUCAGGAAAUUCUGAAAGUAAAACCUAUCAGAGCAUCCAGCAGAUGAGAAAUGCAAUGGAAAAGGAGCUGAAGACUGAGCGGGCUAGGGGAAAUGGCAAAGACUUUGCUUUAACACUCAUGCCCUUGUAUGCUAUUGGUGUGGGUAUUUUUGCCUUAUACAAAUUUUUAAAGAUGAAAUCUCAAGAAGAAAGUUUAUUCACAAGAGAAAAAAUUACAGAAGAUAAAACAAAAGAAACAGAAUGCCAGCUUUUAGAGCUAGAGCAACAUCUGGCACAGACAGAGAAAAUGUUAAAUUCUUUAUUGACUCAGUUAGAUCCACUUUCAAGCUGUAUUAAUGCUUUGGCUUCUGAACAGAAAGAUGAAAUAAUGGUACAACUUGAGUCCAUUAGAAAGCUGAUGAAAGAAAGUGGAUUAGACAAAUCAGCAGUGAAAUCAAAAGAUAUCAGCCAUAUGUGUCAAGAGAAACUUGAAGAUCUUAUUCAUUCAUUCAGUGAACAUUGUGAGGAAGAGGUGGAUGAAGGUAAUGAUGAAAGCUUUGGACAUGAAGUGCUAUAUGGAGAGAAUGAGGAACAUUGUGAGGAAGAGGAACAUGAACACUGUGACCAUGAGCUCUUACUUAGUCCAAAGAAGAUAGAAGUUGCUGAAGUAAUGAAUCAAGACAUAUUGGAACCGGAGAUGGGAUUAAGGAGACGUAAUAGAAAUGAAUGAAGCACAGAAAAUUAUGAUGGAUUGUUGUACAAACCUAGAUGCACUUUUAACUUAUUCUGGACUAGACUCACAAUUACUGCAAUGUGGUUUAAAAACAAUAUUGUUAUGAAGUUUUCUAUUAUCUUAAAUUAUUUCUGUAUAUAUUUCAUUGGAUUUCUCUGUGGUAUUUCUCCAUAUUUUUACAAUUAUGAAAACUGAGGAAUGGCAAUAGGGUAUGAUGUAGUUUAACUUGUUUCAUGGUAAACAUCUGCAGGCAGGUGUUUGUACAUUAGAUGUUCCUUCAGUCAUAACUUGAGCAAAUACAGAUUGGCAUUCUGCAACUACAUUGGCUGGUUGCUUUGGAUACUGAAUCAUAAUGUUUCUCCCCCGCUAUUCAAGAAGUAUUUUCUUUUCUCUUUGUUUGGAACAGUUGAUUUAUCUUGGAAUUGUUUGCAUGAUUUACUUAAUUUUUUUGAGAAUCACAUUUUUCAUUAACCCUUUUCAAAAUUUCAUUCAGAAGUACUGGAAAAUUACUGGAUGUAGCGUAAGAGAACAAAAGAUGAUACAUAUAAACCAAUUCCUACCUAUGAUAGAUAUUAUAUAUGAGAAUAAAAUAGGCUACAUAUUUAUGUUUUGGAACUUCAUAUAAACUCUUAUUUGUCUAUGUUUUAAACCCUUCUUAAAGUUUGUAGAAUGUGGUAGGCACCAAAACAUCAAAGGCACCUUUUGAUUUGGGCACUGUAGUUUCUCUGAAGAUAGAAUCCAAUGAAAGAUGUUUCUGAUUUCAUAACAUAAUUUGUUUUGAUAAGCAACAAAUCCAUAUCAAGGGUUAAGAACAAGAUUGCUACCUUCUCAACACACCUCUCUAAGCAGCUUGAAGAGCAGAUAUUAGCAGCUGGUAGUAUAUAUACUCUGAAUAGCAAAGUUUGCCUAGUUACACCUUAUAGACCAACAAGAUUUUGGGGGUAUAAGCUUUUGUGACUCAAAGCUUCCUUCAUGUGUCAUUAGUACUCAGUAAAACACGGUUACCAACAAGCUGGAGAAAGAUCCAGAGGAGGUAGCCGUG